UUCAAGAUAACGGCAAUCGAUGCACAAUAAUUUUUUUGGGCGCAAGAUAAAUAGUUUAGAUUUGGCAAGCGUCCGGUUUUGCCGCUAUAGAAAAAUAAUCCCCCACCACAAAACAUGGUGUGACGCGACAUAAACCGACGCCGCGCCCGCCGCGCCGGCGCGGCUCGAGCCCGUACCGGUCAUCCAGUAGUUCGAAUAUCUAGUCGGAAUCAACAGGUGUGUUGUUCGAUGUGAUUUUUGUUAAGAGCAACAGAAGUGUGUUAAAAUGGCGACACCCAUCAAAGAUUUUUUGGAAAGUUGUCGUUUAAGCCAUUUGCUGCCUAAAUUUGAAGAACAGAAUAUUGACGAACUUGAAAUUUUGAAAGAACUGAGCCAAGAUCAAAUCUCUUUUUUGGCCCCCAAUAUAGGAGAUAAGAUUAAACUCGAAAGAGGUCUAGCCAGGUUAAAUGAAUCAGAACACCAGGCAGAAGAGCCUCCGAAGAAAAUACAAAAGUGUAACGAGGAAACAAUAAUUAAUACUACCAGCAACCAGGUUUUAAACGAGACAAACGACCAGGCCUAUUCAAUACUGUUUGUUGAAGACCUGUUACCAUCAGUGACAACGCCGGCGCCGGUGACCCCGAAGGACAUUAUCGAGGACAGCAUUAGCCUCGCCACUACCGAAACAAUAUCCUGUUCAUCACAGGCAGCAUCUUCCUCAACAAGUGUUGAGAGGGAAAAUACAUUCCAAAAAACGUCGAUUGGCAAUUUUGACCUUAUAGAUUUCUUAAAAAAUGACCUUCUUGGCGAUGCCAUUUUAUACAAAAGUACCAAGUUUAAACUAGACAACACCGACAGAGACCGACUAUGUGAAAUCUUGAUUAAACACCUAAUCCAUCAUUAUGGCAAAUUGAAUGCUGAAGACUUCUUAGUACUGUCAAAGAAAAUUGUCAAUGCUUUUCCACGAGAACUUUGUUCUACCUACAUACUACGUGGCUGCUAUUCCAAAAACCCUUUCCACCAAACAUGAACAUGAGAAAGCAAGGGGAAAACUCAAUGACAAGCAGCGAAAUUUACUUUACCUCAUCAAAAGACUUAAACAAAGCGAGUCCAUCAAAGAAAAUCUAAAGGA